AUGGCGGACGUCGUGCAAUUCAGGCUCGAGCACAUGCUCGACGAGUUCGACGACUUAGAGCGGCGCGGCUUGUUCAGCAGCCGCGAGAUAGCCGAGAUAGUCAAACAGCGCCGCAAGUUCGAAUUCCGACUCAAGCGGCCGAGCCCGCUCAAGAAGGAUUACUUAGCGUACAUCGACUACGAGAAGCAGCUCGACACCCUACGGCGCCUCCGCAAAAAAUCCCUUAUGCGGAAAACCGGCCCCGAGAAAUCGGAAGAAACAAUCUCCGAUCAUGCCGGCGUUGCCAGGAUCAUCAAUAUUUAUCGGCUCGCCACCAUCCGGUUUAAGGGAGACCUCAAGUUGUGGUUUCAGUACUUGGAAUUUUGCAAAGAACGGCGUCACGGGAAGAUGAGAAAGGUUCUAGCUGAAUUUCUAAGAUUUCAUCCAAAACAGCCCGCUGCUUGGAUUUAUUCUGCUGCUUGGAAUUUUGACACCAAUCUAAAUGUUAUUGCUGCCCGCAAACUUAUGUUGAAAGGUAUGAGAGCGUGCCCAAAUUCUGAGGACCUCUAUAUAGAAUUUCUUCGGAUGGAACUCACAUUCCUUAACAAGUUAAGAGCUCGAAAGGUGCUCUUGGGAGAGCUUGUGGGAGACCAAUCUCUUGUUCACAAGAGUGCUGAUGAGGAGAAGUGGAAAAAUGAGAACAAGGAAUUGUUUAUGGCUCUUAACGAGGGUGGGGACGGUAAUGACGAGAGAGAUAGUACCCAAGAUGGGAAACCUAAAGGGAAAAAGGACGAAUGGCAGUUUAGCUUGGAAAUGGUUCAGACCACUUAUAGUCAUGCAAUUGAAGCCUUACCCGCUGCUUUCAGUCUCAGAACACGGUUUCUUGAUAUAAUAAAAGCAGUAGGGUUGGCUCAUUUAGAAGAUAUGCAAACAAAGAUACUUAGUGACAUGAGAAGGGAUUUCUCAAAGGAGCCUUCAUAUUGGGACUGGCUUGCAAGGUAUGAAGCAGGAGAUCUCGAACGAGCAGAUCAAAAUCGGUUGGGCAAAGCAGUCAGGGUUUAUGAGGAAGCUCUGGAAUUUGUACCAUCAGCUACUAUAAUCGAGCUUUAUGUAAAGUUUCUCAUGGAUGCCAUCAAUGAUGAAAAUAAGGAUGGAGAAGCUGAAGUUCGUUUUGAUUCUGACAGUCGAGCCUUUUGCAUUGUUUCACAUCUACAGACAGUAUAUGAGAAGGCCAAUAAUAUGGGCUUCCUUACCGAGGAUCUUGCUUGCCUUCAUGUUUCAUUCCUUUUGCGCAUGGGAAAAUCAAGCGAGGCCAAGAUGGAGAGUGAAAAGCUUUGCUCUGGAAAAUUUCCCAAUUCAGUGAAGUUAUGGACUUUACGGAUCUCUAUAGAGAUGAAGGGCACUCAGGCUGAAUCUCUACACCAAACCAAAAGUGACCUACAAUACAUCUUUGAGCUUCUCAGAACUGUUCUGAUGGAAGUUCACGUUUUGGAAGCCGAAAACUUGUGGGUUAUGGGGUUGACAUACUUUGCAAAUCAAAGACACUAUUUUGAAAAGCUUGUGAAGACAUCAAUUCUAGUUUUAGCUAGAGAUGGUGGGAGUGAUACUGGGUUUUCACUCUCGUCGACAAUUGUAAAUAGUAUUCUCCAGAAGGAUGGAGUUGAAAGUGCAAGAAAUAUGUACAAGCGGUUUCUGGCUUUACCUCAUCCGGGACUUGCUAUAUUCAGAAAUUGCAUCGAGCUAGAGUCGAACCUUGCAUCUGCUGGGGACAAGAUUGGUCUUGCCAAUGCUCGAAAACUGUAUGAAUCUGCACUUGCUACUUAUGAUCAAGAUGCAAGUCUGUGGCGGGACUAUCACUCCAUGGAGGUCAAGCUGGGAAGCUCUGAAACUGCUGCGGCUGUCCAUUGGCGUGCGACGAAGGUCCUCAAGAACACCAGCGUUCUUCUUCCUAGCGCAAUCCUUUCAUGA